GUUUAAGUCAUAUAUAAGUACAUGUUCAUGGGCAUCUGCUUGUAUUGUUUAAAUGAAAGCAGUUUUAACGUCCAAAAUGAGUGAAAUUUGCACAAAAUUCAAGCUUCCUGCCCGAUUUGGAAUUCCAGGCCCAAAUAUUUGGUUAGAAAUGGAUGAAUAUACGAAAUAUAAUCCAAUUAACUUAGGAGUUGGAUUUGCGGAUUUUGCACCACCGAAACAUGUAACUGAAGGAUUAGCAGGUGUAGCUCGAAGCGAUAAUUUAUUGCUUCAUCAAUACACCAAAGGAUUUGGUCAUCCCAGAUUGGUUAAUAUCCUCUCAAAACUUUACUCAAAACUGAUAAACAGAGAAAUCAAUCCUGACACUGAAAUGCUUAUAUCACAAGGUGCUCAGCAGGCUCUGUACAAUAUUUUUAAUGGAAUGCUUGAUGAUGAUGAUGAAGUGAUUGUUAUUGAGCCAUUCUUUGAGCCUUAUGAGCCUAUGAUCAGAGAAACUGGGGCCAAACCUAUUUUUAUUCCACUGAGACAUAAUGGUAGUAAUACUGGUGGUGCAUUGACUACUAAUGAUUUUCUCUUAGACAAAAAGGAAUUGGAAACUACCCUGCCAGGUAUGUGGGAGAGAACAAUUACCGUCGGUUCAGCAGGCAAAACGUUCAACAUUACCGGUUGGCGAACAGGAUGGGCUUAUGGGCCAGCGGGCUUGAUGAAUAAUUUUAAAGUAAUUUACCAAAAUUCUAUUUACGCACAUUUGACACCCAUACAAGAGGCUAUUGCUAUAGCAUUUGAGAAAGAGUUUGAUUUGAUGCUUAAUAACCCAAAAGAGUGUUUCUUUUACACUUUAUCCGAAGAGUUAUUUACGAAACGAGAGUUUUUAAUGAAAGCGUUUGUUAAAGCGGGUUUAAAACCAAUUCAACCACAGGGUGGAUAUAUGAUAAUGGCCGAUUUUCAAAGCCAAGACCUAAAAAUUGAUUUAUCGAAGGAAACUGAAAGCAGC